AUGGACCGAACAGGCAAUCUUCGCCUCUCCACCAGGUGCGCGGCAGCAACCAGAACUGGAGACAUGGCGCGGCAGGAGCUAUAACGUUGUCUUCACUGGAGACCGUCUUCGUCGCACCCCAGGACUCAUUGGUUGCGUUUGUGUCAUGGUGGGGGGAAGGAGUUUUCCCGUCGUGNGGGGGAAGGAGUUUUCCCGUCGUUCGCAUGCUUAUUCGCAUCGUUGAUGUCAUGGUGGGGGGAAGCAGUUUUCUGGUGUUGUUAUUUGGAUGGUGAAGUCUGGGUGUCUCUGGUGAAUUCGGUGCUAUCGGAGGAUGAGGUUUCUUGAGGUUCAGUCGUGAUGAUGGGGUUCACUUUUUUGAGCCUAUGUCUUUGCUCCUACUCGGUAGGCGGUACCGAGUCGAUGUUUGAUUGGUGCGUCCACUGUGUGUAAGCGUGCAUGCGUGGACUUGGUAGGUCCUGUAGGACUUGGUCGCAAUCGCUGUCAUGAUUGUGAUAACACUAAUAGCCAGUGGCGGAAGGUCGGUCUAUUCCACUGGCAUGGAGAUCGCUCUCCAUGCCAACGACUUCACGAGAGGGUUUUGUCGAAAGUUUGUCCCUCAGAGAAAAGAGAGAGACGAGAUGGCGGCGUGAAGUAUCGGGUGGAUAGUUCCCUUUCGAGGCAUAUCGGUUGAUGGAGAACCUCGCAGUUCUACCAUUCCUCUGGUUACAAGUACCGGAUGAGGCGUUAGUAUAUGAUGAGUUGAUAAUAUACUAGGGGGGAUGUUACGGUUCGGGGCAUUCAUUGUCCCGCAAGUACAACCCCACAGAGGUAGUUGGCCGCAUUCAGCGGAGCCUCUGCAAGAGCUGUCUGGACUCGCCCUCCUCUGCUCACAACCAAGCUACCAUCCUGAGCUUGAACUAAAAGAAUAAGACCAUAACAUCUACAAGGAGGCCUUUGCUCCGACACUACANACUUCGUAUUGGUUUAAUAUUCAUGUAGAGUAUGAGACAUUAAGUGAAAGUUUUCUGAGACAGCACUUCAGACAGCAGAAUGCUGUAGUCGGCAAUCUUCCGUUUUGGUAUAGAGUGGGACAGGGAGGGGGUGAUGCUACUGUAGUCGAACGGUGGGACGGACGUGCAGUUCAGUUUUUGGGCACGCAUACGGUGCUGCAGGGAUUUUUAGGUGUACCUCUUCGGGCUCUUGGAUACUUUUUUCUCGUGAUAUUAUGUGUGCGUGUUUUUUAGAUCCU